AUGAGUGAUAGUUAAGAAGUUAGAGAGGUCCAUGAAGAAGACCAUGCUUAAUAUGAAUAAAGAGAAGAAUAGCAUGAAAAUUAAUAAGAGAGGUAAGAAGAAAGCAAGUAGCAACAGAAGGAAGAGUAAAGAAGCUAGGAAAUGGGCUUAAUGUCUAGCAUCUAAUAAGCUGUAGCUAACUCAGUUAGCACUGCAGUGGCAGGAACAACUGCUGCUAAUUUACUUAAAACCCUCUCAGAAGAUAGAAAUUCUAGAGAUUCUGCAAUUUUGCAAGUUUGCAAGGAGAGAAAAAAAGAGUCAUUCAAUUAGCUUAAAAACUGGGAUGAUAGAAGAACUUAAUUCCUUACUAUCCACAAAAAUAUUAUUGAUUCAAUUUACUUCAAGAUUGAAAAAAGAAUGAAAAUAUCUUAAGAUUCUAUGUCUUAAGUAUUAAAGUUUUUUAAAGAAAGAAGGGAUCAAGAAUAAAGCUACUCUAAGUUGUUUUCAACCAAAAUUCCUUAGCUUAGCAGUUGUUGGAGAGAUGUUUCUGACUAGCAAUCAGAUUGGUAUCCAACUUUAAGUUAAGCUUUGAAAGAAACUGAUGAAUUAAAUCAAAGUUUAGGUAAGAAUGUAUUAACUCUUGUGAUGUAUCUCGAAAAAAACAUUAUUAAAGACAUGAUUUUCCACGAAAAUGAAGAAUUUGAAAAGAAAAUCAAGCUUUUAAGAAAUAACAUUUCUGAUCAAUAAGCAAGAUUAGAAAAAGCUAGUUAGUACACAACUAAAAAGAAUAAUUCUUACUCUUAGUUAUAUUAAUAGAUGAUGGCAUUAGAUGCUUAUGACAAUAAACUUAAGUUAAAAAGAAAAGAUCUCCUAAAUGUUGAAAUUAAAUUUAGGUAGGCAGCAUUUGAUAUGAUUAAAGAACAAAAGGAGUUAGGUCAAUAAGUGUUAAAUUAUUGGGAAGAAGCCAGAAAAAUGGAAGGAAUCAGACUAGAAAUGAUUCAAAAAGUCUUCUAACUUUAUAUGACAAAGCACUAAGAAACUUAUGGAAAGCAUCCUUUAAUGGAAUAAAGUUUACUUAAUUUCUAAAAAUUUGAAAGUGUUAAAGAAUCGGGAGAGAACUUUAGUAUAGCUAAAAUAAUAAAUGAAGAUGAUCAAAGCUCAAUUAAAAAGACCCUCAAUACUUCAAGUGCACUUAACUGGCAAGAUAUUAUCAAAUAUGUUAUCAACUUUAACUUCAAAGAUAUUAGCAUUAACUAACAUCCAUUGGUCUAAAAGAAAUUUAAAAUUAUGAGAGAUGUUGGAAGUGUAACAAAGUCUUUUAAAGAAUGCUGGAUGGUAGCAACUGUAGAUGAUUUACUUUUGUUUUAUGAUGAAAUAAGUACUAAAGAUAAAAGCAAACAAAAAGGCAGUGCUCUUACUGAAGGAGGAACAAAAGUGAAUAACUAACCCAAGAAAAAAUUGCUUUUGGAUUAUCUCAAAGUAAAGCCAAGAGAAGAUCCUUCAUUGAUUGAUAUUAUUGAAAAAACACCUGGCCUUUUAUUUGACUCUACAAAUAAAUAAUUAAUUAAAUUUACUAAAGAAGAUGAUUUUGAAGAAUUCAAAGUAUUUUUGACUCGUUAUUAGCAAUUAGAUUUAUAAAAUGUCCCUGAUUUAGGAAUAUCUAAAUCGAAGUGA